UACCAACACACACAUACACACACUGGAUACAUUACACUGUGGAAGCAGUGCGGCGAGCAGUGGGAAGUCGGUCUACGACAUUUUUCCUCUCCGUCUUCUUUUUCUGAUUGUUUUAUGACUUUGAGCUUUUAUCCCCUCUUAUCCGAGCAGCUGUGAGGAUGUAUUUUGAAGCAUGUGAGCGGCUCGCUGCGUUUCUUCUCGCCUCGUCUUAAGUGUUAAAACUGUCUUCUUUACAUCCAUCAGUUACCUUUUCACCUCCAGACGGUGUUUUGGUUCUGUUAGCCCACUUUCGAGGACGCCACAGUUUGUUCACUGGACGAGCAGGACGUAUUUUUCUCACUUUUUUUUUUUCCCAAUGCAUUUUUUGACGUUGAGUCAUUUUGUAGGCUACUGGACCAUAUCCGUCGUCUGUUGACUGAAAACAAGUGAUGAGACUUUUAACUCGUGUUUUGACUUUUUUUAUUUUUUUUUUCUAAUGACAUUCAAGCGUGCUCUGGACUUAUCUGACCCGUCACGUUUGUAGUUUUUGGGUCCGAGUUUCUUUCAUGUGUUAUUGAAAUACGCGUGAUUUAAAAAAAAAAAAAAAAAAAAAAAAAAGGGACGCCGACCAAAAGACACACUCCUCCUGUUGCUUCUGUGAAAACACACCGGCAGCGUGUCUGCACGCCGCUUCCUCUCCAAGUGACUCGCGGUGCACACACUCCGCUGAAACAGAGGGACGCUUUCCCACUCGGGGGGAUUUUAAGUGGGAGUUUUCCCCCUCUGUAGUUUCGGACAGUGCUGGCGUGUGCGGUGUCUUCAGUGAGACAAACCGAGUAAGAAAAAUGCCACAGUUAUCAGGCGGAGGAGACCCGGAGCUGUGCGCCACAGACGAAAUGAUCCCGUUCAAAGACGAAGGAGACCCGCACAAGGAGCAGAUCUUCGCCGAGCUCAGUCACUCGGAGGAGGAGGGAGACCUGGCAGACAUCAAGUCAUCUCUGGUGAACGAGUCAGAGAGCAGCCCAAACAGCAACAGCCACGACGCAGCUAGACAGUCCCAAAUACCGCAAGAUUCAUAUCACGAAAAACACAGAGACCAUCCAGAUGAUGGAAAACAUCAAGACAUGUACGGAAAAGGCCAUCCGUACUCGGGUUACCCAGGCUACAUCAUGAUGAGCAACAUGAACGACUCUUACAUGAACAAUGGCUCCCUCUCUCCGCCCAUGCCCAUGCCCAGAACGUCCAACAAAGUCCCCGUGGUUCAGCCGUCCCAUGCAGUCCAUCCUCUUACCCCGCUGAUCACGUACAGCGACGAGCACUUCGCCCCAGGGUCCCAUUCUGGUCAUCACCCUCAAGAUGCCAACAACAAACAAGGAAUGCAGAGGCAUCACCCUGGACAAGACAUGCCAAACUUCUACUCCCUGUCUCCCGGAGGAGUAGGCCAGAUCACACCACCUCUGGGAUGGUUCUCACACCACAUGGUUCCCGGCCCCCCAGGUCCCCACGCCACAGGGAUCCCCCACCCGGCCAUCGUCAACCCGCAAGUCAAACACGAGCCUCUGCAUGAAACAGACAUCAUGCACAUGAAACCCCAGCACGAACAGAGAAAGGAGCAGGAGCCCAAAAGACCGCACAUCAAGAAGCCGCUAAACGCCUUCAUGCUCUAUAUGAAAGAGAUGCGUGCCAACGUGGUCGCCGAGUGCACGCUGAAAGAGAGCGCCGCCAUCAAUCAGAUCCUGGGACGAAGGUGGCAUGCUUUAUCUCGGGAAGAGCAAGCUAAGUAUUAUGAGUUAGCCCGCAAGGAACGGCAGCUCCACAUGCAGCUCUACCCAGGCUGGUCUGCUCGAGACAACUAUGGAAAGAAGAAGAAGCGGAAGAGGGAGAAGAUGCAGGAAUCAGCCCCGGGUACAGGCCAGAGAAUGAAAACGGCGUACAUCUGAGAAAAUGGAGGAAAACGUAGCAACUUCUCCACAUGCAAAGCAAAGGCAGCAGCUACGGGCCCUCUGCUCGAGAUGGAGGCCUGUUAAGAUUCCACGAAGACCCUGAAUAUCUCCAAACUCAAGCCUCCAGAUCUCAGAGGACCCCCAUCCCAACCCCAACUUAACCCUAUUCCCAUCACAGUCACAGUCACAACAACCACCACCACCAAAAACUCUUCACUGUUUGACCCCCCCCCCCCCCCACACACACACACACACACACCUCCUGCUGUAAAGACACUGAACUGAAGACAAUCAUGAUUAGUAGGAGCACCCUCACAAAACCACGUCCUCACCCAGAAUCCACAAAACCGCAAUUAAAUGUCUGAAUCUUGUCCUCUUCACAAUCAGCUUUACCACAAUCCGAGGCACUGCACUGAAAAACAGCAGCAAUUUGUAAAGUGCGCACAAACUGCACCGCCCAAACACCUCUUUCUACGUUUAUUGUAAUUUAUUUGUCACCUCGGUUCGUUUGUACAGUUCAUAAGGUCGACAUUCACUUCCUCAACACCUUUUUCCCCCCUUCCCCUUCUCUCUCUCUUCCUGGAUUUUUGAGACCAUUUGGGGUUUCCCACCCGACCGACCAAACACCUCUUUUUAGACUGCACUAAAGGAAGACGGAGGGAUCUCAUCUUGUCUAAAAAAAAAAUCAAAAAAAAAAAACGUCCUCAAGGCGCCAUUUUGAGUUUGUUGCUGACCAGUCGGUGCAAAAAGGAUCAAUGUUUUAAUUUGCGUUUGGUUUUAGACUGACUUAUUUUGAAUGCUUUUUUGUAUCUUGAACCCUUGUUUCAAUUUCUCGGUGUAUAUUUUAGUGAUUUUUUUUAUUUUAAAUAUUGUUUUUUUUUAUAUAGUGGUUAUAUAUGAAAAUAAGCUUUGGACACAGGAAAGCCAUUUUUCUUGUUGAAGCGUCUUGCAGAAAAUUGAAACUUAAGGCUUCUUUUGAUAACUAUUUGUAACAAAUAGUGACCUCGAGUCUUGCUCAGAUGUAAAAUAAUGCUCAGUAUGUGUACUUUUUAAAAACUGUCAGGAUAUGUCAAUUUUCUUGGUAUUUUUGCAGGCAAAAUUAGGACAAAGGCGAGAGUGCUAGCUCAGAGGCCUAUAUUUUAUUGUUCUAAAACAUGACAAAUGAAGCAGAUAUAUAUAUUUACCCCAGCACUUGGCAGUCUUUCUUUUAUUGCAAUGGACCUUUUUUUUUGUCUUUUCUCUCUCGUAGCUGAUAGUGUGGUCUUUAGCCAUGUUGUUUAUUCCAUGCAAGCAUCUCUGUAACAUUUUGAUUUUAAUGCUCUAUUUUAGUAUUACUUGAUGAAUUCCUUUUUUUUUUUUUAUUAUCAUAUUUCGGGUCACUGUCAUCUUGGUUUAGCAUUUUGCUUCCCAAGUGGUCAUAUUUGAACUGUUUCAACAUGUUUUUGUUUUGUUUUGUAAGAAAAAUAAAAAGGCACCAUUGGCGCAUUUGAUCACAUGUGUUAUGGUUAAGACCAGAGCUUUAAUCAACCGUCGGUGUCAUCAUUUCAGAUAAAGAUGAAUGGUGGUGAAAUAAGAAUGUCAAACACAUUGAGUCUUUGUGGAGACGUACACAAUGCAUAGGGUUACAUUCAAACAGAAUUAUUGUGAUAAUGAAAAAAGAAGCCUUCAUCGACCGUUUUAGAAGUGGGUAAAAAGUUGAUUUUAAGGGUGAGAUUCAUCUUUCUCUCUAUGAAAGAACUGUCAGGUAAACAGACUUUAGCUUUAUUU